UGACAAUUUUGACGUUAAGAUGACUGAUUAUGGAAUAGUAUUUUGGGUGGUUGUCAUAAAGGUUAUCCAUUGUAGUUUAAGAAGGUAUUCUACAGAAACUAAGAAAAUUCAAAGGAUAUAUUUAUAGAGUUAAUACUUUCAUUUUCAAAAAAUGUCUCAUCAAACAGGAAUUAAAGCUAAUGAAGAAUUGUUAACAUUUUUCGCUAAAUGUAGAGAUGGUACUAUACGACUUAUAAAAGUCAUAAUUCAUAAUGAACAACUGUGUUUGGAUAAUCAUAAGAAGACACAGAAUACUUGGGAUAAGGAUUUUGAUCCAUUCAUUCAACCAUUGAUUGAAGAAAAUCAACCAUGUUACAUACUAUAUAGAUUAGAUAGUAAAGAUUCCUUGGGCUAUGAAUGGUUGUUUAUUAGUUGGUCUCCUGAUAUAGCUCCCAUCAGACAGAAAAUGCUUUAUGCAUCAACAAAAGCUACUCUUAAACAGGAGUUUGGAACCUCACAUAUCAAAGAGGAGAUUCAUGGAACAAUAGCUGCUGAUAUUACUCUGAAUGGCUACAUAAAAUAUAAAAAAUCGGCCGCAGCUCCAGCUCCUUUAUCAAUGAGGGAAGAAGAAUUACAAGAACUCAAAAGAACUGAAGUUAAUACGGAUAUUAGCGUUGAUACAAAGCAACAGACUCUUGGAGGUGUAGUUUUUCCAAUAACGGAGCCAGCUAAACAAGCUAUAUUAGAUAUGGUGAGAGGAUUAUAUGACUAUUUACAAUUUAGGAUAGACAUCGAAGAAGAAAUUAUUCACUUAGUAUGCGCAGAAAAUAUUACUUUACAAAAAUUGCCCUCUAAAGUUCCUAUUGAUAGCGGAAGGUAUCAUUUAUAUAAAUUCAAGCAUACCCAUGAAGGUGAUUAUAUGGAGAAUUUUGUGUUUAUAUAUUCAAUGCCAGGAUAUAGCUGUCCAAUUAAAGAGAGGAUGUUGUAUUCUAGCUGUAAAAAUCCUUUUACAGAUACUGUAUCCAGUUUAGGAUUAGAAAUAGCAAAGAAGUUGGAGAUUGAUUCAGGAGAUGAACUAAUAGAAAAAUAUUUAUAUGAUGAACUCCAUCCAACCAACACAUUACAUAGACCCCAAUUCGCCAGGCCCAAAGGUCCACCAAAUAGAGGUCCAAAACGUAUGACAAAAAGUAAUGAUCAUUGACCAUAAAGGAAAAAUAGUUUUUAUAAUGUCUUUCUAUUUCUAUGUUUGAUCUUUGAACAAAUUCUUCAAGGUUUUGUCAAGUGUUUGCAACAAAGAUGUUAUUUAUAGUCGGACUAUAUUGUAAGAUGAUUAUUAUGAAAUUAUAAUAUUUAAAUAUUGAAAUUACUUAAAGUAUUACAUAAUUAUAUAUUUUAUAUAAACCAAACUUUAUAAAAACUAAAAAUAAACUUGCUGUCACCAUCUGGUCUAGUUUCUAAGGCGAUAAGAUCGAUUUAGCACAGAGAGUUUAGAUUAUUUGAAAGAAUUGGUUUUGUUCCGUUUUAGCUAAUAGCGCAAGUUUUAAUUAACAAUUUCCUGUGUUAACGUUAUAAUACUUUUCAUUUAAUCAUUUAGUUUAUGUUUGAAGACCUCAAUGCUCGGUUUCCUGGUAGGCAGCUUUAAUGGCAUGAAAUUCACUCGAUUCUCUGUAAAUCAAACUUAUUUUUCACAUAAUAAUCACUCUUGAUAGUGUUACUGUCGUUAGGUUCAAUUUCAUUGUAAUCAUAUUCAAUAAUUGUGAAUUUUAGAACUUAUGCUGGUAAACUUUCAAAUUUUUGCUCUUGAUUAGUUUUUUAACAACCAAAUUCUAAAAAAGACCAGCAGAAAGCAAUAAUACGCAAUACUAUACUUUUCUAAUAAAUUAACUGUUGCAUGUUUUGGCACCAAACUGACGGUACAAGGUACAGUAAUGGUGCUGUCAACAGUGUAAUAAUUGAUAAUUUUUGCAACAAUUUUUUCGCUGUCACCAGUGUGAUAAUUAUGGAUGAGCUCAAAGGUUCUGUGAAGCUGCCUUAGGUAAUUCGGCCACGUAACUUACAUCCUUGUAUACUGUAUAACAACAUGAAUUGAAUGUCUUAGUAAGCAAAAUUGACGUAACUCACUUUUUACCUCAGAUAGUAAUUAUUUGUUUAAUGAUCAGAACUUUUCUAUAUUGCAUAUGAACGCUACCUAAAACUUACCACUGUAUACAUUUAAUUUUUUAAUUAUUUCUCUACACUGUUUACAAAAGAAUAUAUAUAAAUAUAAAUUUUUUAAA